GCCCAGAUCAGCGCUUUCAGUUGUAUACCGUUGUUGAUAGCACUACGAGGCGAAGGAAAGUUUUGAAAAUAAAAUAUAAUAAUUUCAAAUGGAGGAACCACCACGAUUUCGACAACGAUCAAAGGGAUUUGCUACGACGGCUCUUCACACUGGACAAGAUCCUGAACAAUGGAAGAGUCGCUGCGUUGUGACUCCCAUUAUUAUGAGCACCACAUUCGAGCAACCUUGUCUUGAUGAAUUUGGUGAAUUCAUUUACGGCCGAGAUGGGAAUCCAACUAGAAAUGUUCUUGAAAAAUGCUUGGCCCACCUGGACGGGGGAGAGUACUGUGUUACGUUUUCAUCGGGUACUGGGGCAGUCAUGGCUGUAGUGUCAAUGCUUAAGCCCAAGGACCACCUAGUUUGCAGUAGUGAUCUUUACGGUGGCACAACUUAUCUGCUGAGGUAA